AUGGCACCCACCACCUUUACAAUCUCCGAUGUUCGAAUCUUCACGGGCAAAGAGGUCAUAGACUUCGGCUAUGUCACAGUCAACGAUGGGAUCAUCUCAGAUGUGUCUUCUGGAUCACCGCCUUCUGAAACUGUAGGCCUGGUAAUCUCUCGGCCUGGUCAUACUGUCAUUCCUGGCUUGAUAGAUGCACAUAUGCAUGCUCAGGGUAACGACCUUGCCUUGAUCCAAUCUCUUCAAUUUGGAGUCACGACCGUGCAAGAUAUGCACAAUGAGACAGCCAACGUACACAAAAUGAAAAAGAUUGCAGCAGCAAAAAAGGAUGAAGCUUCCGAUUUCAAGGCCGCAGGUGUGGCUGCUACGAUCGAAGGCGGUUGGCCCAUGGCCGUGGUUCUAGCCAUUGAUAAGAGUGAACAGGUGAGAAUAGAUGGCCCGUAUAAUCCUAUUCAGCUUAAGCGUAAAACUGACUUCAAUCAGACAGCUGCAGAUGUUGCAACCUGGCCUAAACUCAAAUCUCCAGCUGAAGCUGAGGAAUAUGUCGCGUUCAAUCUUUCUCCCGCCGGUGGCGCAGACUUCAUCAAGCUGAUGCACGAGUCCGGGUCCGCCGUGGGCAAAUCCAUCUCGAAGCCAUCUCUAAAUAUCCAAAAGGCCCUGAUAAAGGCGACCCACGAAGCUGGCCGGAUUGCCGUAGCGCACUGCUUCGGCCGCGCUGACACGCUGGAGAUGCUUUCUCUGGGAAUAGACGGGCUAGCUCAUACCUUCAUGGAUGAGCCAGUCAACGAAGAAAUCAUUAAAGGAUACAAGAAGUCUGGUGCAUGGUGCAACCCAACUCUAGCACUACUGGGGAGCUUCACCACUGAGGGAGAGGCACUGGCGAAACGAUUUGCCAAUGAUGAGAGGGUGAAGGACAAGCUGGCAGCCACAGACCAUGACACAAUGUGUCGCUGCAUGAGUUUUGCAACGGCUAAUGCUACCGUCCAAUAUGCGUAUGAGACAGUGCGGCGCUUAAAGGCCGAGGGGGUGCCAAUCAUUGUGGGAUCCGAUGCUGUUGGCCCUGGGCUGGGCACUGCAUACGGAGCUACGGUCCAUCAAGAGAUGUAUUUGCUCGUGAAGGAGUGCGGAUUCUCACCGCAAGACGCAAUCCGCUCUGCAACCACCGUGACGGCUGAGGUGUUUGGCUUGGAAGACCGAGGAGAAGUUGCUCAGGGGCUGAAGGCUGAUCUGGUUCUGGUGGAAGGAAAUCCAGUGGACGAUAUCGAUGCUACGCUCAACAUCAAAAGCGUCUGGCGUGAUGGGAUCUUAGCCAAGGGCUUCCAAGUAUAG